AUGGCGCAGUCGAAGUUUGAUAAAACAAUAUGCCAAAUUCCUUUGGCCACCUAUAUUAUUACUGGGCUAAGUUUCUAUUUACUAUUUACCCGCAUUGCCGCCGCCGUUGAGGAUUUGGGCAAACACCAGCAGCCCUUCACCGCCGAGGAUUGUACGCAAAUCACAGCCAAUGGCACUUGCAUCUGUUACCGUGACAAGCACAACUUGACCAAUGUAGAAUGUGUGGCCGAGCAAAUUCAUAUUUCGUUGAACGAAGACAAUGGCGUCAAGCUCACCUGUGGUGGCGGUGUAUUGAAACCGGAUGUGCUAGCCAGUUUACCGCAUUUGGGCAAACUACGCGAAACGGCUGAAAUUGCCACGUACAACUGUUUGCCUGUCACCGAGUUGUUGGCCCAAUUGGCACUAACGCCCAGCUACGUGUUGGAUGUGAGGGGCUUGGCGUCGGUCGCACAAGUGUCACUCGAAACCUUCGGCCGCGAUCUCGAACGCUUGCGAAAGAUCAAAGAACUGGAACUGCAUGCUGAGCCGCAGCAAUCAGCAACAAACGACUUACAGCUUGUAUCACAGCAGCUUUCUCCAGAUAUACUAGAGCCCAUGCCAUCACUUUUUCGCAUCACAAUUGACUUGAACUUCGCGCACUUGCCAACUGACUUAUUCAGCCCAGUGCCCAAUAUAAACAGUAUCGCACUGCUGGGUCAGCUGGAGGAGUUUCCCAGCUCAGCAUUUCAUGGUUUACGCCGUCUCCGUGAGCUCGAUAUGCAACAACAUCGACUGCUGCAUCGUUUGCGAGAGGACGAUUUCAAAUACUUGACUACUAUUCGAGGAUUAUAUCUGACUAAUUGUAGCAUAACAGAGCUACCAGCGCGUAUUUUUGCACCUUUGAUCCUCCUACAGCGACUUGGGUUGAAGGACAAUCAACUGCGUGUACUACCGACCACGCUGUUGGCGCAGCAAAAGCGUUUACAAAUCUUAAACUUGAGCGGGAAUCUGUUGGAGGCUUUACCGGUGGGCCUCUUUGCUACUACCACCAGGCUUUUAACAUUAUUUUUAAGUCGCAAUAGAUUGCGACAUUUGGACGCCAAAGUACUACCACCCUUGAACACCUUCAUCGAGCUAUCGGUGGACAACAAUGAGCUGCGCACUAUCGCUGCGGGCACUUUUGCCCAACCCAAUCGCUUGCAGUUGCUCGAUCUGCGCAACAAUCAACUCGACUGGGCAGCUGGUGAGGACUGCGCCAUCUUCGAAGGAUUAUGGAGCUUAAAACGACUGCUGCUGAGCAAUAACUCGCUACACUACCUAUGCGAUCAGCUGGGUUCCAGCAAUCACUCAACCAGCGCACUCUUCGUCAUCGAUGUGCGUCAAAAUCAACUAAAGCAUAUCAGCCCACAACUGAUCAACACUCUUAACACGAGUGAGACCAUGACGUUCGCCUACCUUUCGGAAAAUCCAUGGGCUUGCAACUGUAGCACCCAACCACUGCUCAACUUUGUUAAAAGCAAUCGCAAGCGUUUGAGCGAUGCAAGCGACAUGCGAUGUGAAAAUACGAAAUUGGCACGCCUUUUAGAAUUGUCCUUUACUGACUUUUGUCUGCCAGAGAUGGGUGUGCGCACAGUGUUGGUGAUCGUAGUAGUUUGUGUGGCUGCCUUGGGUUUAGCAUUCACCACAACUGCGCUCUGUUAUUACAAGUAUCGCAUUGAGCUGAAAAUUUGGCUGUACACACAUCGUUUGUGUAUGUGUUGUGUGAGUGAGAAAGAUGUCGAUCGCGAUCGUAAAUGGGAUGCGUUCAUUUCGUAUUCACAUCACGAUGAACAAUUCGUCGAAAAUGAACUGGUGCCCGGAUUGGAGCAGGGACAGCCAUCCUUUAAGGUUUGCAUACAUGUGCGUGACUGGCUGGCUGGUGGUUAUAUACCCGAACAGAUCAUUGACUCGGUGGAGCAAUCGCGUCGCACGAUCAUUGUACUAUCCCAGCAUUUCAUUGAAUCCGAUUGGGCACAGAUGGAAUUUCGUACAGCACAUCAGUGUGCCGUGAAUGAGGGACGUUCGCGUAUAAUUCUGGUGAUCUAUGGUGAAAUUAAAGUUACAGAGCUUUUGGAUCAAGAGUUGAAGGCCUAUUUGAAGAUGAACACUUACCUAAAGUGGGGUGAUCCGUGGUUUUGGCAAAAGCUACGCUAUGCAAUGCCACACGCACAGCGUGGAAAGUGGAAAUUUAGAGGAAAUUCUAGCAAAAUAGAGUGCAAUGUCGAACUUUCAGAGGUUGUUGAGAACGGAAAAUGA